GUCAGAACGCGAGAGCGAAGGGGACACCAUGGCUUCUCAACGGCUUUAUCUGAGGUUGGUAGGGCUCACCGCUCUGCUCACAUUGCUGGCCCUCGCAGAUGUUUCCAGUGAGAGCAGCCUUCACAAGAUCCUGAAGAAAAGAGAUGUGGUGGGUGACGGUAGCGCUUCCUCUAAGUACAGGGUGGCUGUUGCUCCCGCCAAGGCCAAAGAAUUCCUGGCCAAGCUACGGCGGCCCAAGAGGAACAUCUGGGACCGCAGCAGGCCAGAUGUGCAGCAGUGGAUCAUGCAGUUCAUGUACAUGGGCUUCGAUGAGACGAGACUGGAGACAGACCUGUCCUACUGGAUGGACCACGCGCGGUCCAGCGAUCAGGGUCGCCAGCACCAUUAUGACGAGAACUCUCCCAUUGGACCCAGAGACAGAGGAGCACACCGUCACGGAGCCGACGUCAACUACGACUACUACUAACUCCACAUGCUGUCUCACUCUCUCUCUCAUAGCGUAAGACUAACCUCUCUCUUCCUUCACUACUUCUAACCCCAGCCCCCUCUCUAUUUCCCCCUCAUAUAGUGUGCAACUUCCUUUCUUUCUUUGUAUACAGUUUACUUUCCGUUAAUCAACACCUCAAC